GGCGGCUGGCUGAAAGGCCCAAUCCCGUGCAAGGAGGGGGCGGGGCAGGGCAUGUGAGGGGAGUAGGGAGCCUUCCACCACGGGGCGUUGGGGGCAGACACUGGGUGUGGGGGCUCUUCAGUAACUACAUCGGCUCUUGGACCCUCCCGAGGGGUGGGGGCUGUGCCAGGCAGCGUGAUCCACCGCCGUGGCGCUCCGUCCCCGCGGAAGAAGGAACCUGCUCCGUCGAGAGGAGUAGCCAGCAUUGCGGGCUCGCAGAUGGGUCAGGGGCUGUGGAGAGUUGCUAGGAACCAGCAGCUGCAACAUCAAGGAUACAGCGGACAAAGCUAUCUCUCCAGAGAGCAUGGUAGACGAAUCACUACUAACAGUAUUUCCAAUGCAAGUCAUCGCAAACAAGCCCAAGGAGGCAUUGAUAUCUACCAUCUGUUGAAAACAAGAAAAUCCAAAGAACAAGAAGGAUUCAUUAACCUGGAAAUGUUGCCCCCUGAGCUUAGUUUUACCAUUUUGUCAUACCUGAAUGCAACUGACCUCUGCCUGGCUUCUUGUGUCUGGCAGGAUCUUGCUAAUGAUGAGCUUCUCUGGCAAGGGUUGUGCAAAUCCACUUGGGGUCACUGUUCUAUAUACAAUAAGAAUCCACCUCUAGGAUUUUCUUUUAGAAAAUUGUAUAUGCAGCUAGAUGAAGGCAGUCUCACCUUUAAUGCCAACCCUCAUGAGGGAGUCAACUACUUUAUGUCCAAAGGUAUACUGGAUGACUCAUCAAAGGAAAUAGCCAAGUUUAUCUUCUGUACAAGGACACUAAAUUGGAAGAAACUGAGAAUCUAUCUUGAUGGAAGGCGAGAUGUUUUAGAUGACCUUGUGACACUGCACAACUUCAGAAAUCAGUUCUUGCCAAAUGCACUGAGAGAGUUUUUCAGGCACAUUCAUGCCCCUGAGGAGCGUGGUGAAUACCUUGAGACUCUCAUAACAAAGUUCUCACACAGAUUCUGUGCUUGUAACCCUGAUUUGAUGAGAGAGCUUGGCCUUAGCCCUGAUGCAGUGUACGUACUAUGCUACUCUUUGAUUCUGCUUUCCAUUGAUCUUACCAGUCCUCAUGUGAAGAACAAAAUGUCAAAGAGAGAAUUCAUCCGAAAUACAAGACGUGCAGCUCAGAACAUCAGUGAAGAUUUUGUAGGGCACCUUUAUGACAACAUCUACCUUAUUGGCCAUGUGGCUGCCUAAAAGCACAAUUUGCUAAGACUUAGACUUUGUAGUUUAAAAAACUAAAUCAAUCCAAGGAAUUAAUUAUUUUGUAGAUAUGGGGGUUAUAUUAGUGCUGGUCAUUCUAACCUCUGUAUACAAUCAAAAUGUGUGUGUGUGCGUGUCUUACCUUUUUUUAGCAAUUGAACCAUGGGAUCCAAAGGAUUUGGGGAAUUUUUUUCCAUAACUUUGCUUAUGUUUUGCACAAAGCAGUUCCAUUAGUUUGACAUUAUACUGACGUACCAUUUAUGAAUGUUAAACUGACAUUACACUUUUAAGCUGACAGUGAUGGAUUUGUGCAUUAGAUUUGCUUGAAAAUUUUAACCAGUUCCAUAAUUUUUUUAAAAUACUAUGUAAUGUGUACAUAUUUAACUAAAGAGAUUUAUAAUCAUAAUUAUUUUAUUGUAAAAUAUUUUAACUAAAGGUUUUUCUUUUCACUCUUAAAAAAUAGUGUU